CAGCAAAGGAUGCUGGGAAAUAACAAGCACUUUUAUCCCGGUCAGGACGAAAAGGAUGGGGAGGAUGAGGAGGAGGAAGAGGAGCAGGGGAGAAAAAACAGCAAAGGGGAAGAUGCGCCUGACACGGAGAAUGGAGGGAUAGAGGGACUGGAGGAGGUGGAAAUGAGGGGAGGAAGACAAUCAUGGGAAGGGAAAGGUGGCGAGGUGGGAAAACCAUCAGCCAUUGUGGUCGGUAGACAGAGAGUUGACCGGCCGAUGAGGCCCGGCAACUUGGGGAACCGGGGUAUCCCUUAUAUGACAAAUCAAGCCCCCCUACACCAUCAGGCAUUCAAUAAGCAGCAGAUUCACCUCAUCCCUGGAAAUCAGCAGCCUCAUCACCCCGGCCUGACCAACGCUUUGCAGAAAAGGCGAGCUCAGAUGGAGCGAAGCAUGACCACAGUGGCUCCCCUGGAGGACACUCACAUGACCAUGAUGGUGUUCCGCAUCGGCAUUCCUGACAUCAAGCAAACAAGGUGUCUGCAGUUUGACUCGGACUCAACUGUGUGGAACGCCAAGCAGCAGGUCAUCUGCUCCCUCAGCGAGUCGCUGUGGGACGUCUACAACUACGGCCUCUUCCAGCCGGCCGGGGAUGGACGGGACGCCAAGUUCCUGGAGGAGGAGCGCACCCUGCGAGAAUACCCACAGUCCUUUGAGAAAGGGGUGCCUUACCUGGAGUUUAGGUAUAAAACCAGAGUGUACAAAGAAACAAAUCUGGAUGAAAAACUGCUUGCCAAACUCAGCACAAAGGCCAGUCUGAAGAAGUUCCUGGACUAUAUUCAGACCGGAGCGACAGAGAAGAUAGCAAAGAUCCUGGAAAAAGGUCUUGACCCCAACUAUCAUGACCCUGACAGUGGAGAGACCCCGCUCUCUGUGGCGGUGCAGGCGGGCCUGCCGGUGGAGACCAUCAGGGUGCUGGUUCAGGGCGGCGCUCAUUUGGACUUCAGAACCAGAGACGGUCUGACACCCGUGCACAAAUCUGUCAGGGCUUACAAUCACACCGGGCUGCUGGCUCUCUUGGCGCUGGGAGCGUCUCCGGACUACAAAGACCGCUGUGGCCUGACCCCGCUGUACCACACCGUGCUGACAGGGGGCGACACCUCCUGCUGCGAGACGCUCCUCUACUACAGGGCCAGGCUGGGCACGAGGGACGAAAACGGCUGGGACGAGUCUCAUCAGCACAGGGAUGAAGAGGAGUAUGGAAUGCAAGAAAUACAUAAGGCUUGCCAGAACGGCUUUGCCCAGCACUUGGAGCACCUUCUGUUUUAUGGGGCAGACACCACCGCGCAAAAUGCCUCAGGGAACACUGCGCUUCACAUUUGCGCCCUGUACAAUAAGGAAAGCUGUGCCCGUGUUCUUCUGUACAGGGGAGCCAAUAAGGAGGCAAAGAACAAGCAGGGCCAAACCCCUUUUCAGCUAGCUGUAAUGUCUGGCCAUUUUGAACUCGGGGAACUCAUCAAAAACCAUAGAGAUUCUGACAUAGUGCCCUUUUUGGAAUCGCCAAAGUACGUUGCCAAGCGACAAGAGAGCGCCCGCACACUGCCUCUCCCCUUCCUCCAGUCCUACCCUCUCCUGCGCGCAAACAGUGAUAACACCAUGACCCCGUCUGACCCUCUGGCCCUGCCCAACAAGGCCGCCACCAGUCCCAUCCCCAGACAGAGUCAGCGCAGAGCUUCAGUAGGCAUGAGGAGCUCCAGCAGCCCCAGAAAUCGAACUCGCUCCCCAUCCAGAGGGAGGGGAGGCCAGAGUGACACAGAGGAGAGGCACCGUCAGCCACGAGGCCGGCUGGGCUCGAACUUUGGGGGGAGUCAGAUGAGGCGUAUGUACAGUGCAGUACCAGGAAGGGUGUAUGUGGCCACGCGCGCCCACUCUGCCAGUGGAGACAGAGAGCUCACCCUCAGCAAAGGAGACAAAGUUAAAGUGUUGAGUGUAGGAGAGGGGGGCUACUGGGAGGGGACGGUGAAAGGUCGCACCGGCUGGUUUCCCUCAGAGUGUGUGGAAGAGGUGGCAGCUCUCAACAAGGACAAUCGACCAGAGAUGCGCAGUGAAAAAGCCAAGAGGAAACUAUUUCGAAAUGUCACCGUUGGAGGCUACGAUGGGGUCGAUGGCCCCAGUGACUACAUCAUUAAGGAGAAGACAGUGCUCCUGCAGAAGAAAGACAAUGAGGGCUUUGGCUUUGUGCUUAGGGGAGCCAAAGCUCAGACUCCCAUAGAGGAGUUCACUCCAACGCCAGCGUUCCCCGCGCUGCAGUACCUGGAGUCUGUCGAUGAGGGGGGCGUGGCUUGGAGAGCCGGCCUGAGGAUGGGGGACUUCCUCAUCGAGGUGAAUGGCCAGAAUGUGGUGAAGGUGGGCCACAGGCAGGUGGUCAAUAUGAUCCGACAGGGCGGCAACAGCCUCAUGGUUAAAGUCGUGAUGGUUGCUCGAAACCCUGAGAUGGAAGACACCGCCAAGAAGAAAGCCCCGCAGCAGACUAAAAGACUGACUCCUCCUGCCAUUGCCCUGCGCUCCAAAUCGAUGACAUCAGAGCUGGAGGACAUGGUGGAGAAAGCUGCCUCUCCUUGGAAAAAGAAAGCAGAAUACGAGUCUUCUCAGGCUCCUGAUAAGAAGAGGACAGUCUAUCAGAUGGCACUGAACAAACUGGAUGAAAUCCUGGCUGCUGCCCAACAGACAAUAACAUCGGACAACCAGGGCCAGAGAGGUCAUGGGGGCAAAAGGGACCGGACCAAGAGCAUUGCUUCCAAUGCAGUCACUGAGCCAAACUAUGAGCAGCAGCCGCCAGUGAGUAUGAUGCCACACGGACCAGGCUUUGGUUAUAACCAGGCUCAGUUUCAACCAGGCCACGGCCCCCAGCAUGCAGUCAUGAUGCGGCAAAAAUCCAUCGGUGUGACAGAGGAGGAGCGUCAAUACCUCCAUCCUCCUGCCAUGAAGCUGGCUCGCAGCCUGUCAGUCCCGGGACCUGAGGAAAUCCCACCACCACCAAACACGUCUGCCCCAGAGCCGCCUUUAUCUGCAGGCCCCCACCCUGGGAGAGGGCCGGCUAUGCCCAUACCCCCUGUACCCCAACAACACUACCAGCUCCACUCCCAGCCAGGGCAUGCUAACCAAGCAGCCUGGGACAGGGGAGGCCCUGGUGGGAUGAACCAGCAGGUCAUGGUCCCCACCCUAAGGAGACAAUCUGAAGGACUUACAGCACUAGGCAGGGAGCCGGAGAUGCCCAGGAAGGGUGGGGGCAAGAUGGGGGGGUUAAGGAGAGGCUACAGCAGUGCUACGCCACCGACAAGUGCUACAUCCAAAUCCCAACAAGCUCCACAGCAUCACCCGCACAUGGCCACCCGGGAGCGGGGUGGAGGAGCUGGCAGGGGGGGAGUAGCCAGGAGGGGCGGCAGGGGAGCUUUAAUGAAGCAGUCGAAAGUAGAAGAUGGGCUUAGGCAGCACCGAGCGAAAGGGGGCGCAGCCAAGGAGAAAAGCUCGAUCCCCAUCCCCACCAUCAUCGUCAAAGCCCCGUCCACCAGCAGCAGCGGCCGCAGCAGCCAAGGCAGCAGCAUGGAGGCCGAGCCCUCCCCGGAAAUAGACGACUCUGCCUUGCCCACUGCAACAACGGACGGCCCCAACACCAACUUACCUUCACCCCUCACUCCCUCACCACCUCAGCCCCCCACAUCCACCCCAUUACCCCCAUCAUCCAUCGCCCCCUCCAUUUCCUCGCAGCAACACCUGGAUAAUCUGGACUACACUUUUGGCGGAGCCUUCGGAGGCGGGGCACGCAGAGAGAGGGAACGUUUCCGGGACAUGAGGAGAAAGAGCGCUUCUUUCUUCCUCUCCUCUGAAGAGGACAUCCAAGGGGAGGCAGGAGGUGGGGGAGGAGCAGGAGAGGGAGGAGGAGCACCAGCGGUAAGAAUCCAGCCUUUACAGACCUCCCAAAUGGAUGUGCCCACCCCUCGCCUCCGGCCCUCCAAGUCCAUUGAUGAAGGCAUGUUCUCUGGAGACAGUUAUGUCAACUAUGCCAGCAGCAUGCCCCCAGCCUUUGGCUUGCCCGAGUAUUCCUCCCCUAUCCUUGGUCAGGACGGCCAGCCCAAGUCAGCUCCCUCCAACUACGGCCUGGGCAACCAACCAGCCACAACCUUCAUCCAUCCACUCACAGGGAAGGUUCUAGACCCCUCGUCUCCUCUGGGUCUGGCUUUAGCUGCAAGAGAGAGGGCCCUGAAGGACGACCGCAGGACACGCCGUGAAGAGAGGCACUUUGGUCGGCAGAUGUCCACAGUGGGAGCUUUCCCCACCCCUGUACAGACCCCGACACCUUCCCUUUUCCCAACCCCUACGCAAUCUGCCUACACCUCUCCGGUCUCCUUGCACCUCACCUCUCCCACGACCACAACCUCCCCUGCCUCUUUGAGCCGGCCACAGUCGCCAAGGAUACUGCGGUUGGGAGGAGGAGCAGGUGGAGAGAGAAUGGAGAGGGAGAGAGAGGGAGGACCCAGGGAGGGCCUCCGAGUUCGCUUCUCGGAGGACAGAACUACCCAGUAUUCAACACAGUAUUACCCACAGAGCCCUAGGGAGAGAGACAGAGAAAGGGAAGGGUAUGAGAGCAGACCUCUUCCACCUUCACAGCCUCCACCCCCACCGACUCAGCCUGCUCCUCGUCGACCUUCCUUCCUGCAGAUGGAGACUACUCCCAAUACCAGCUACGUCCCCCAAUACACCGUCCCCACAGCCCCAGCACAGACACAUGAACCUGGUGGAGAGGCAAUGGGAUCAGAACCUGGAGGUCUAGGGCUUAUGGUUCUCCCUCCACCAGCUCCCUCCAUAGAUGUAGACGAUGAGUUUGUCUUUGCAGACCCCUUACCCCCUCCAUUACAGUUUGCCAACGGUGAGAAUGAAAGAGUUCAGCAGUUCGCUCAGCAGCAUCAACACCAAAAUCAACACUCUGCUGCUGCUGCUCCACCUCCGGCGCCACCACUUCCCUCUACCAAAAAUCCUGGAGUCGCCACCUCAAACGCACCCCAGCCCUCACCGCAGGGCGGCGACUCUGCUGCCUCCAGCCUUACAUCGUAUGACAGUGAGGUGGCCAACCUUACACAAUCCGCUCUCUCUCCCUCCCUCCCCUCCCCACAGAUAUUCCCACCUUCCUCCACCACUACCACUUCUGCAUCUGCUCUGCCUGCUUCCUCGCUGCACAGACCCCAGCCGAUGUCCCACUCUCACUCCUACUACGGCAGCCCCAACAACCCCUCAGCAGGCGGUCAGAGCGCAGCCCAGGACAGAGGGACGGCCUCCCUCACCACCACCAUGACCUAUGCCACCACAACCAUGACUGCAACUGCUGCUGCCUCUGCCACAACAGCCUCCACAGCAUCCUCUGACUACAGCAUGACAACGGUCGGCCCCAAAGCCGGCUCCAGCGCCGGGGGAAAAGCUGCUGACCACCACCAUCACUCCAGUAUCACUUCCAAGAGUGGAGACUGGCAGGAUGCGGUGGUGGAUUCUGGGAUUGAAGAGUUGGACAGUCACAGCAGUAGUGACCACCAUCUAGAAAUGCUGGGACUGAGAGGAGAUAGGGGAGGCAGUGGAGGAGAUGCAGGCGGAGGAGAGGGAGAGAAAGGAAGUGAACACCAGGAGUCCUACAUAACCUACUCAGGUGGGCAAACAUUCGAGGUGCACAACGCCAAACUGGCAAACCCUGUGUUUCCAAAGAUGACUCAUUACAAGGAGGUGGGAGGGAGGGGCCCGCCUAUUGCACUGCGUAGACAGAGCAGCACCAACCCUGCCUCCUUGCAGCUGCAGAGACAAAACAACCAAGAAGAGCCCAGGAGAGAUGGCGCUGCAGUGGAGGAGAGGAAACGGAAACCGGGCCGAUCCAAAUUGGAGGACGGCUUUGGCUCCACUCUGGCUGCCUGCUUAGAAAGGCCCAUGGAUGCCAGGUCUGUGGGCUGGGGGGAGGUGGGGGAGCAUGAGCAUGGCGGUGGCGGGAUCCAGAGAAGUGGUAUGUCUCUGGAUGGCCGGAGGGCGCACUCGCCUCUAUCCGGCGUGAAGGCCAGCAUCAUCAAUGAACUGAGCUCCAAACUGCAACAGAUGAGUAGUAUCAAGAGCAUGGACGAGUGGAGCCACACUCCCAAGUCACCUACCAUGCAUAGGUAUUCAGCAGAUUUCACAGAUGCGUUCCACAGUCCCCCCAGCGGCCGCUCCACCUCCCCCUUACCCACCUCGUCCCCGCAACACCGUCAGAUCCUCACGCCCAACCUGACUGCCACGCCGUCCGUCUCUCCCACCCCACAGGUCCCGAUCCAGCGCAACUGGACUCGCUCCCCCUCUCCACAGAUGCCUUCAUCCCCAGUCCACUCACACCCACCCCUUUCCCCGACCUACUCCCCGUACCCGACGUCCCCCAAGCACCGGUCCAAGUUCCGUAGACAGACAUUUGACUUCCAGUGCAAACCCAACCAGGAGAUGCGGUCUUCAGCCUGCCGGCGCCGUGCUCCCAGUCCCCUUAUCUAUAACACCGACCAGCCCAACCCUGCCCCUCCCAGACCCUCAUCCCUCCCCAUCCUCCCCAGUACACCCGUCUAUAACAGCCCCUUUGACUUCCCUGGCCCCCUCACGCCUCCCUCUCCUGGUCACCCUCUAGGAGAAACCUACAACCCCUCCACCCCUCCGCUGUACUCCCCGUCUGGAGUUCCAACUCAAAACCCCCUCCUGGUCUCCCGCUCCCUCUCCCCCACCCAGUUCCUCUCUGGUGCCUCCUCUCCAAUGCACUUGCCCCCCAGCCCGUCCUGCCUCAGUUACCCCCACCUCACCCCUCCUCCGCCGGCCAAGCCGUUCGCCAUCAAGCCCCUGCCCUACUGGACCAAGUAUGACGUGGCUGACUGGCUGGCCUACCUGAACCUGGGUGAGCACAGGGAGCGAUUUAUGGACAAUGAAAUUGACGGGUCGCACCUGCCCUCGCUCACCAAGGACGACUUCUUGGACCUGGGAGUCACACGUGUGGGCCACCGCAUGAACAUCGAGAGGGCGCUGAAGAAACUCACUGACAGGCGGGUCUGCUCUCCUUUGCAUGUCACUUCUUCUCCCCGAGACACAGACUGAGCUGAGUGAGAGAUGGGGUGAUUCAAAGCUGAAAGAAAGGGACAGAAACAAAUUGGCAAAGAUGAACAAUGACAGAAGAUGUGCAAGAGAAGGACAACAGUGGAUGGUUACAUGGAACUCAGACUUAAGGGAUGAUUAUGGGGGAAAAAAGGUGUUGCAAAGACGCAAGUUUGCCGUGUUUGAAGGACGCUGUGAUGAAAUUUAUGGGAUUACCAUUGGUCAAAAAGGGUAAAUGGUACAAAUGAAACCACACUUUACAACUGCUGAAGGACAGGUGUUAAGUUAAUACACAAUUUUGUGUUGUAACAGACAUAAACACACACACAGUCACACUCGUUCUCAAACACACUGACAGAUGGAUUCUCACGCCAUCUGCUGCUUGGCAGGGCUGGGAAAACUUCAGUCUGAGUCCAGGACAGGAAUGUCACUUCUUAAAGGGUGAACCCCGCGAAAAUGUUACUGAUUGUGGCAGUGCAAGAAUCUCUGAUAAAAAAUAAUAAUAAGGGCAACAUUCUUACUUCAGUUUUGUAGCUUUAAGCAAAUCAGAGUAUCAAGUGGCUGUGAGAACACAAGCCAAAGUCAGAAUAUCGUCCUAAAAACAGGGAGGAGAAAUGGUUUUGUGUACACCAUGAUACAAGAAAGAGUAGUCUUUUUAUACUGAUAUUAUUUCUUUGCCAUAAUCCCCCCCGAAUGAUGCCCCAAUAUGCUUUGUAUGUAUGUACUUUGCGAGCACUAAAUAUACUAUCCUCCAUGUAAAAAGGGAUUCACUAUAAGUAGAACCAUUUGUUUGUUUUGUACUGAGUGCUGAUCGCAAUCAUUCAUUUCAAAUCGGUCAGGGUAUUUAUAAUCGUUGAAUUCAAGUUGUGCAUAAUGAGGAAUAUACAAAAUAUUCUAACAUAUUCUUGUGAAAUGACCUGUUAUGAUUUUUUUGGUUAAGAGAAAGAGAAAGGGAAUUAGGGUGUAUUGGAAAGAAGCUGGAAGGAACAGAGAAUGGGUUUGCAUGUCAUUUUACACUGCAAAUCAAGCUUUUCUUAGACAAUUUUGAUGUUUACGGACACAGCACAGGUCAAGGGAUGGAUCCAUCCUCUUUGAUGCCAUAAUGUUGACCGCUCUCACACACAGGUGCAGUGAUCAAAAAGGGCUUUUUACUGCUUCUCUGUCUGCCUGACUUCCUCAACCUUUAGCCUCUGUGAGUCUACCUGUCUGAUUUUUUGUGUGUGUGUGUGUUUGUGAGUGUGC